AUGGCACAGACGCAACAAGGCCGGCCGGCAGUCCUCGUGCCUGACGAUCUGGACAUUCUUUCGUCCACCACAAGCAUCUCCAGUUCGAUCCUCGACUAUCGCCGCGAAAAUGGCAGGACUUAUCAUGCCUACAAAGACGGGAAAUAUGCCCUUCCCAAUGACGAGGCAGAGAAUGAAAGAUUGGCUCCUCCGAAUGAACCUGAUUCCAAGGCCAAACACAUUUUGGAUAUUGGAACUGGUACUGGAAUCUGGGCUAUCGAUUACGCUGAUGAACACCCAGAGGCACAGGUGGUUGGCGUUGAUCUAUCUCCUAUACAACCGGCCUUCGUACCCCCAAACCUGACCUUCAUGAUUGAGGAUAUUGAGGAUGAAUGGAACUACUCUCAGUCGUUUGAUUAUAUUCAUAGUCGGUUCAUGUCAUCUGCACUCGCAAGCUGGACCGACUUUCUCACCAAAUGCUACAAUAACCUUGCACCGGGUGGCUACAUGGAGAUUCAAGAAGCCGACCUGAACCUCCAAUCCGACGAUGGUACUCUCAAGCCCGAUAACGUGAUGCUAAAAUCCCUCCGUCUUUUAACAGAAGCGUCUGUCACGUUCGGUCGUCCGUACCAAGACAUCCCACCUCUUGCAGACAUCAUGAAAGAAGUUGGCUUCGUCGAUGUUGUUGUCAAGCAGUUCAAGUGGCCUAUCAACGGAUGGCCCAAGGACAAGAAGGACAAGCUGUUGGGAGAGUGGUCCUUGAUCAACAUGGCUAGUGGUCUUGAAGCGUUUACCAUGGCACCGCUGACGCGAGCUCAUGGCUGGACGCCUGAGGAAGUAACCCUGUUUUUGAUUGACCAGAGAAAGGCGUUGGCGGAUAAGAAUACCCAUGCUUAUUGGCCUAUGUAA